AUAUGCCAUAUCUUACGCACACUAGAGGGACUAGAUGCAUACUAUGUCCUCAUUUCUUCUCUUCAUUCUCUUCACAAUUUUCUCCACCUUUUUCUUCUCCAUUGAUGGAGUUCUAAUCAGGCAAUUCUUCAAGGCAGAUAAGAAAAAAGAAGAAGAAACGCAUCUCCACUUUUUCUUCCAUGACAUUCUUAGUGGCAAAAGUCCAAGUGCUGUCAGAAUUAUCGGCGCGCCAAACAGCAGCCUCUCCAGCUUCGGUUCCACCUUGAUGAUUGAUGAUGCGCUCACUGAAAAGCAAGAUCCCACAUCGAAGAUCAUCGGACGAGCACAAGGGUUUUACUCAGUGGCUGCACAACAGGAGAUUGCACUGCUUAUGGUCAUGAGUUUUCAGUUUGUGGAGGGUCAGUAUAAGGGGAGUAGCAUCAGCAUUCUUGGGAGGAAUCCAGUGAUGAACGAUGUCAGGGAGAUGCCGAUUGUUGGAGGCACCGGAUUGUUUCGGUUUGCUCGUGGCUAUGUUUUAGCACAUACGGUUUGGUUUGAUGCUAAUACAGGAGACGCCAUUGUUGAGUACAAUGUUUAUGUGUCACAGACAUCGUGAACUUUGUACCUCUUGGAGUAACUUUUCCCCCUUUUAUACUAGCUACCUUCUUAUUCGUUCUUAGGCCAUGGCUAAGAACUGGAUUAUUGAAAUUCAUGUUCUGUUGUAAUGAGUAUUAGAUGCUGAUGAUAUUUAUAUAUAUAUGAUCAUCUGGAGUUCGGACGUAGAUAAAUAA